GCAUUUGCCGUACUCAGCGUCACCCACUUCAAUAUGGUGGCUAGCAUUAAUCUUCUGCUAAGUUACGAUAUCAGACGGUAGUUAGCAAGCUUAGUGACCAAGUUAGCAAUUACAAAGCAAGGGCUCUUAAGACAACGUAUUUGGAGAUACCAAAAACCAAUGUAAUGAGGGGAUAUACGUCUGGAAAAGCUAUGGCUGGACCCAGGCCCGUGGUGCUGAGCGGCCCAUCCGGGGCGGGCAAGAGCACCCUCCUCAAGAGGCUCAUGAAGGAGUACGAGGGCAUCUUCGGCUUCAGCGUGUCGCAUACAACGAGGAACCCUCGUCCUGGGGAAGAGCACGGCAAAGAUUACCAUUACGUCACGAGGGAAGCCAUGCAGGCCGCGAUCGACCGGGGGGAGUUCAUCGAGAACGCCGAGUUUUCGGGAAACAUGUACGGCACGAGCAAAGCUGCCGUCCAGGCCGUGCAGGCCAGGAACCUCAUCUGCAUCCUGGACAUUGACAUGCAGGGCGUGAAGAACAUCAAGAGGACCGACCUCAACCCCAUCUACGUCUCCAUCCAGCCUCCGUCCAUGAACAUCCUGGAAAAUCGUUUGAGGGACAGAAAAACGGAGUCUGAGGACAGCCUUCAGAAGCGUUUGGAAGCGGCUCACGUGGACAUGAAACUGAGCAAGGAGCCCGGUGUUUUUGAUGUUGUUAUCGUCAACGAUAACCUGGAGGAAGCCUAUGCCAAACUUCGGGAUUCCCUACUGGAGGAAAUCAAGCAAGUCGAGAAGAACAACAUGCCCUCUUAAGGUUUGAGAAGCCUGACAGCUCACCCCCACCUCAGUCCACUCACACUGUAUGGUAGACUCCCCAUUCCAGUCCAGAACAUUCCGACAUGUAAACCCCGGACAACAUUGCUCACUCAAACGCAGAUGUUCAAUGCUGUGUUUUAGAUAGCUUAGAACACCUUCGCCCUCCUCUUCUUUUGUGUGUCUGGUGUCAGGUUAGAAGACUGUUGUGACAGAAGGAUCCACGGUGCAUGUUACACAUUCAUUUUAUUAUGUUCACCAUAAAGGAGGGAGUGACAGCACAGGAAAGACUGCCUUGUUUCUGAUUAGGAGUCCUUAUAGCAGCCUAUUGUAAUCUUUAUUAAUCUCUGAUGAAGAGGAACCAGUCUAGCUGGUAAGCAACACUCCCACAGGCCUUGUAAAAAAAAUAAAAUACAAAAUAAAUAUAUAUAUAUAUUCAUGGUGGGGUUGCAGUUCUAUAAACUUAAAAUUGUCUGAUUAUCUUAAAUGUAGGAAGCUAUAGCUCUCCCGCUUGCAUAUCUCAAUAUAUCUAAUCAUCUCCGCUAUCCCGCCACAUAACUUGUGUGUUGCGUGCACAGUAAGGUACCGUUCCACGGUAUCAGUGCCAGACAAGUGCACAUUCAAGGAUUCCUGGCUGGAAGAAGAAAAUGUUGAUUUGUAAAGAUGUCAGCAAUGCGCGCAUUGCCGGAAAUAAUUUCCGCAAAUAAUCAAUGAAACUGUAGUCAAUGGGCGAGGCAGCAUUUAAAAAUGUUCCUACACAGAUAUGAUGAGGCUUGUUUUUCGAACCAAGGAAACUCCUGUGCAUCUUGGAUGGUUUUAACAUGACAUGCUCCAGCAGUACGAAAUUGCGUUCAGCAUCGAUACAGCAGCAUAUGUUGAUAUCUGGGUUGUGUCAUUAUCAAACUGUUGAAGAUGCACAAAAGUUCCACUGCUUUCAGUCACACGAGUAUCAUGUAAUAUCUGGACAGUGGCCACUUUAAUGGUAUCAGACCUACAGACAUAAGUCACUACAUACAAGACUUUCUAAAUGGGAGAUGACAACUAUAUCCAAUUCAUGCUCUAAUACAUUUACUUUAUUUAGCUGACUCUUUUAUCCAGAGCGAUUUACAGUAAGUACAGGGACAUUCCCCCGAGGCAAGUAGGGUGAAGUGCCUUGCCCAAGGACACAACUUCAUUUGGCACGGCCGGGAAUCGAACUGGGGACCUUCAGAUUACUAGCCCGAUUCCAUAACCGCUCAGCCAUCUCCCUCCAUUAUACAUGCUGUGUUGAGUCCGUGAAUUUGAGAAAAUGGGUAAUUGAAAGUCACAGAAAAGUCAAUUUGAUGUUUAACAAGGGAUCCCUGAAUAAGAGUUGAAAAGGUAAUCAGAGGUGGUUGGUUGAUAAAGGCACUGCUGUUUUCUUAAGUUUGACUACAUCCUGUUCUAUUUAUUACUAUUUGGUUGAUGAAGGAGAACUUAUUGUGGAGAGGCUUUAAUCAGAUUAAUGCUUUAUCAGCUACUGUCAAAACCGGUUCCAUUAUCAAAGCCAGGAACAAAUAGAAGGAGAAAGUUUUUUUGAUGCUAUUUUGAUGCUAACCUCCGGUUACUUUUAAAAAAGGGACUUUUGAGUCUCAUGCAUUUCUGUUGUGUGUACAUAGGGCAGCUAACAACCACAAAGUCAGGUUUGGAUUACAGCACACUCAAGCUAACCAAUAACAAUGUAGUUCUGGACACAGAUUUUCAUUAUAAAUGUCAACUGAUCUCAGGAACUAUCUGCUGUGUACUGCUUGUUAAUCAGAUGGCUGACUUACUACCAUCAGCUAGCACUUAACAUUACAGUUCAUCAGCAUUCAGCAACACAACAAAUAUAAAUAAGAAUUGCAUUUUGACCUACCCAUUAAAACACUCAGCACUUGGUAUCUUCAUGUUACCAACAAAGAAUUUGGAGGUAUUUGUUUUGGAAUUAUCGUUGAUGAUUUAACGCUAAGUAUUUUGUGACAAAACAAUUAUACCAAUAUUACCCAAUCUCGAUUCACAUUGUGAACAUCUGAUAGCAAGGUUUAUAAUCAUGAUCAAAAUCAAUUUUUUUAGACCAUAUCUGAACUUGUGAAUGGCGUCAAAAUGUCUAUUCUUUUUCUUGACAGAUUUAUAUUGUACAUUUGUAAAUCUUUUAUAUUGCAUGUUGUUUUGUUACAUAUUUCUUUUACAGUCCGAUCAGUAAUUUAUAAUGAUGCCUCGUAAGCCUCCCUUGUUGUAAAUCAGCAGUGUGUCGGUCCUGUAUCUCAUUCAAGGAUCGUGGAAGUUAAAGACAUCCCUUUGGAAACAAGCACACAAAUCAUCCACUUUACUUGAAACAAGCAAUUUGAAUUCCAAAAAGAUUUCAUGUCCAUGUUGGAAGUUUACACACAGGAUUUGUUGUCCCAGCUUUUUAUCUGUGUAUGUAGCUUGGUAUGUUUAACAAAGUAAUUGUUGAAAGCCUUAAAUUAACUAAAUUAUUAACAGUCAACUGAUGUAUUUGCUCUGAUUUGUAUUGCUUUAACAACAUAAAGGAAUAAUCUUUGCAAAUGUUCUAAGAUGUCUAGAGAUGCAUGUCAACUGCUGUAUUUGCUCUUCCUCCUAAAUGUAUCUCGUUCCUUGCUCAAAAUGUUUACUUUAACAACACAACUAAACAUUGUAUAUGUUCUAAGGUGUCUAGAGAUGCAUGUUUGCUUGGUUCCAAUAUUUAAAAUGUACACUGCUUUUAGAAACAAGGCAUUGUUGGAUAUGUAAGUCAUAGAAAGCAAUGUGUGUAUUUUACAAAUGUAAUAAAUUUAAACAAGUG